AUGGUAACAAAAGAAGCAGCUAUGUCUUUCUCGCAGUUUGGAUACCCUUACAAUGCACCUUCACAGUUUUUCGUGUCGGCAAACCACCGUACGACUUGCUGCGAUUCGAUUUCCAGGUCGUCGGUCUCUGAUGGGACAGGCGGCUCCCAGACCGCCGCCGCCGCCGCCGCCGCCGCCGCCGCCGCCUCCUCCUUCUGCUGCCCGUCGUCCUACCAGAACCGGCUCCUGCACGCGAGCAGCCGGACGGAGCUGAACGCGGCGCUGGGCAUGUACAGCUCCCCCUACGCCGCAGCGGCUGCCGCCAGCCAGAACUACGCCAACUACUUCCCCUACAGCACCGACCCGUCGGCUCUCUACUCCACUCUGAACCCUCAGUAUGACAUCAAGGACGGCACGGGCGCUUUACACUCCGGCAUCACUCAGACGGCUGCAGCGUAUUACCCGUACGACCACUCGCUGGGACAGUACCAGUACGACCGAUACGGCACUGUCGACUUCGACGGCACGGCCCGGAGAAAGAACGCCACUCGUGAAACCACCAGCACCCUGAAGGCCUGGCUGUACGAGCACCGCAAGAACCCGUACCCGACCAAGGGCGAGAAGAUCAUGCUGGCCAUCAUCACCAAGAUGACCCUCACCCAGGUGUCCACCUGGUUCGCCAACGCGCGGCGGCGGCUCAAGAAGGAGAACAAGAUGACCUGGUCGCCGAAGAACAAGGCCACCGACGACAGGAAGGACGACUCGGACAAGGCCGACGACCGAGACCGCGUCGCCAAAGAUUCUAGCGACUGCAAGGAGGAGAAGGAUCUGCACCUGAGUGACCUGGAGGACAUGGAGGAGGAGGAGGAGGAGGAGGAGGAGGACAAGCUGGACAGCGACUGUGAGAAGGCGGCGGCGCCCGACGAGCACGACCUCCAGAGGGUCAUGGCGGCGGCGUCCGGAGGCCCUCAGAAGAGAGACCGCGCCUCCGAGCUGCACAUGAGCUCAACCAACGGCUUCCACGCGUUCCCCUGCGGCGUCAAGGCCGUCGGCGCCCUCCUCCAUCCUCCUCCUCCUCCUCCUCCUCCUCCUCCUCUUCCUCCUCCUCUCACGUCCCACUUCCUGGAUCCCGCGUUGUCCAAGGCGCUGUCGUCGUCGUCGGCCGCCGCCGCGGGAACUCUGUCCCUGUCUCACUUCGAAGCCUCGGAGAAGCCUCGGAUCUGGUCUCUGGCUCGCACGGCGGCGUCGGGGGUCGUCCUGAGCGCCCAGCAGCAGCAGCGCGGCUCGGAGCCGAGGACGUGCGGCGACCUCACCGCCGACUGCCGGCUCCAGAACGCCGGGCUCGCCAUGAGGGGCCUCCACGGAUCUGGCCCCGAGGGCCCGUUCCCCGAGGGCCCGUUCCCCGAGGGCCCGUCCCCGCACUCGAAAGUCUACGGCAGCUACGGCCACAAAGACCUCCGACUGCACUGCUCCUCCUACUCCGGCCUCCCGGACUCGUGCCGCUUCUCCUCCGUCGAAGGAUUCUCCGGCGGCAAAGCGGCGCCGCGGUCGCCUGACCUCAGUGAGGCCCGCGGGAGCGACGAGGUCACGGCGUUCAGACCGGUGAUGAAGAGGUGAAGCAGAUCGAUGGAGACACCACCAUGAAGAACGGACUUGUAUUAUGCACUAGAGGACACACCGGCCUCCAGCCGGCUGCAGCGAGAGGCUGUCAAACUGUGGGCGUGGCUAUCAUUUUGCACAACUUUUUGUUUUUAUGGUGUAAAAAGACUUUAUGCAAAAAGAAUUCUAGAUGCAAAUGUAUUUUUAAAAAAGGCCACGUUUAAAAACGGGCCGGAUUUGUGUAUGGCAAUCGUGUAGUGUGUAGAAAACCUAUUUAUUUAUCUGUGUGUUUAUUAUUUUGUAAUGUUGUCACGUGGGGUGUUUCUUACCUGGGUGUUUAUUGGUUGAACUCCACUCUGAGUGUCGGUUACCUGUUGCGUGUUCCUGUGGCUCCGUUUCAUUUCAAGUAAAAAGAGAGAACCAUGAAGUUCCCCGUGAGAAGGACCGGGUCCUCCUGUGCGGAGCGUGGACGAUUAUUUAACUUUUAUUUUUGUGUCAUUGUGUUUAAAAAAUAUAUAUAUAUGUUUUUCUUUUCUGUGUUUCCCAAUCAAUUCAACAUUUAUUUCAUUUUUUUUCUAAGAAUACAAUUCUUUUUUUUUCUUCUUCCAAGAGCUCUCGUGUCUCGUGUUAUUUACGGAGUGAGCAUGCGCAUCAAUCGGCCAAUUAAA